CCGUGUAUCCCCGGCAGGGGCAGUAGUGUCCUCCCCGGUGUGUAGUGUUGUCGCGGCCCCGUUGUGUCGGUGUGUGUGUGUGUUGUGUUGUCGGUGUUGUGUGUCGGGGCAGGCUGCAUUCUGGAGCGGCGGAGGCAGAAGAUCUCGGAUUUCUCCAGGUCCUCCCGGGAGAAGCUGCAGCAGCAGAGGGAGAAGAUGUUUUCUAAGUUCACGUCCAUCCUGCAGCAGGCGGUGGAGGCGUUGGCUCCUUCUCUGCCGUUACAAGAAGACUUCGUGUAUCAUUGGAAAGCCAUCACCCACUAUUACAUAGAGGCGUCCGAUGACAAAGCUCCUGUGACAGACACCAACAUCCCAUCCCAUCUGGAGCAGAUGCUGGAUAUUCUGGUGCAAGAAGAAGAUGAGCGCGAGUCAGGAGAGACGGGGCCUUGUAUGGAAUAUCUACUACAUCAUAAAGUUCUGGAGACCCUGUACACACUGGGGAAGGCAGAUUGUCCUCCAGGUAUGAAGCAGCAGGUGCUGGUUUUCUAUACAAAGCUUUUAGGAAGGAUUAAGCAGCCCCUGCUCCCCCAUAUCAAUGUGCACCGCCCCGUCCAGAAACUUAUCAGACUGUGCGGAGAAGUCCUAGCGAAUCCAACCGAGAACGAAGAAAUCCAGUUCUUGUGUAUCGUGUGCGCCAAACUGAAACAAGAUCCGUAUCUUGUCAACUUUUUUCUAGAGAGCAAACUGAAGACCUUUGAUUGUGCUGGAUCGUCCAAUAACCUGGGGGCAGUUUCUGGGGGCAGCACAGAGGAGUUUGUGGCUAAUGACACGGGGCAGGCUCAGCCUCCAGGGGCAGCCAGCAAUGGGGCGAUGCAGGCGAAUCCUGUCCUCCCUAAUACUGCCCCCACAGAUAAGCCUGAAGCCUGCGCACCCCCCGGGCCGUCCUCUAAUCACAUCCUACAAGACUAUAAUCUGGUCAAUUCUUUAUUAAACCUGACAAAGAGCCCGGAUGGCCGGAUAGCAGUCAAAGCCUGUGAAGGGUUAAUGUUGCUGGUGAGUUUGCCGGAGCCAGCGGCUGCCAAGUGCCUUAUGCAGAACACUGCCCUGUGCGAGCUGCUGACUGACCGGCUGACCUCCCUCUACCGCGCUCUUCCACAGUCCAUCGACCCCCUAGACAUCGAAACUGUAGAGGGGAUCAACUGGGGGUUGGAUUUAUACAAUGUUAAGGAGGACGCCUCGGCCUUCCCCGGGAAAAGGGCUCUGAUCUCUUUUCUGUCCUGGUUUGAUUAUUGUGAUCAGCUCAUUAAAGAAGCGCACAGGAUGGCAGCAACCACUAUGGCUCGGUCAGUGCGGGAGAGGUUCCUGGUGAAUGUGAUGGAGCCGCAGCUCAUGCAGACUUCCGAGAUCGGAAUCCUGACAGCCACCUCCCUCCUUCAUAGAAUGGUGCGGCAGGUCACAUCCGAAGCCCUGAUGGAGGAGAUUGUGUUCUUCCUUCUCGGAGAGCAGCGGGAGCCAGAGACCCUCAGCGACAUUCAGAGGUUCCCGUUACGCCAUCGCCUUAUAGAACAUUGCAACCACAUAUCAGACGAGAUCAGUAUUAUGACACUGCGGCUGUUCGAGCAUCUACUUCAGAAACCAAACGAGCACAUCCUUUAUAACCUGAUCCUGCGAAACCUGGAGGAGAGGAACUAUACAGAGUACAAGCCGCCCUGCCCAGAGGACAAGGACAUAGUGGAGAAUGGGCAGAUCCCAGGAGCAGUAGAUCUUGAAGAAGAUCCGAUAUUUACAGACAUGUCUCCAGACAAUGCUCUAUCUAAAGAGUGGUUGAGCGCGUCUCCUCCCAUCACACCGGAUCACCAGAGAACCGACGGUAAAACCGAAGUGCACAAAAUCGUCAACAGUUUCCUCUGUCUGGUUCCUGAUGAAGCAAAAUCUUCAUAUCAAGUAGAAGGCACCGGCUAUGACACCUACCUCAGAGAUGCCCAUCGACAGUUCCGGGAUUACUGUGCAAUCUGCCUGCGCUGGGAUUGGCCCGGCACAGCAAAACCCAUUGAGAAGUGCAAUUUAGAAGCUCCGUUCUUCGAAGGACAUUUCCUGAAAGUUCUUUUUGACAGAAUGGGCCGUAUACUGGAUCAGCCUUACGACGUGAACUUACAAGUGACAUCUGUGCUCUCCAAGCUUUCUCUCUUCCCUCACCCUCAUAUACAUGAAUUCCUUUUGGACCCUUAUGUCAACCUGGCCCCUGGGUGUCGGUCCCUGUUUUCAGUCAUCGUCAGGGUGGUGGGAGAUCUCAUGGUGAGAAUUCAGCGGAUCCCAGAUUUUAACCCUAAACUUCUGCUUGUAAGGAGGAGAUUACUGGGGCUGGAGCCGGAUGGUCCAAUUGUUGACCACAUGACGUUGUUAGAGGGGGUCAUUGUGCUCGAGGAAUUCUGCAAAGAACUGGCGGCCAUCGCCUUCGUCAAGUUCCACAGCUCCACCACACCCUGACCUCUGACCUCUGACCUGACACUUCUCAAUCUACGAGACCAAAUUUUACUUAUUUAAUUUCGUUUUUAUGUUUGGGCAAGGACUUUAUCUCGGAAAGAAGGGAAAUCAGACAGUGAACUUGGAGGCGAUUUCUCCGGGCCGAAGCUGCACGCACAGGGGGGGGGGGGGGGGGGGGAUGUUAGUCGCCGAUUUAGUCGCCGAUUUACUUCCUGUUCUUCGUUACUUUUGUGUUCUACAGAACAUUUUAAUCAUCUGGGAUUUUCCCGCAGGAUGUCUGAAUUAUGCAUGCGUUUUAUUUAAAAGAAAAAAAAAAAGACACAAACCGCAAACGGCUGACGAUGAUGUCAUACAAGCAGUGGGCGGAGUCUACCCAUUUGGAUAAUGUUUACAUAAAAAACAACAACAAAACAUGAAAGUAUUUUACCAGAAAACAUUUCAGCGAUGACAUAGUCAGUGUUUAUCAGCAGCACGGAGCGGCCGACCCCACCAUCAUCUUACGACCUGUCCGAUCAUCACCUGGGGGCUCAGAACGAACCCCCCUCCUCCUCCUCCUCCUUUUGGAUUUAGGAUCAAAAUAUGGAAGACAACACAUUUUAAAACUCUUAUCUUCAUUUUAUUAUUGGGGAAAAAAAACUCAAAAAACUUUAUUGGCUUUGUCUGAGGAGCAAGGUCUGAUACAGUGGAUUAUGUCCGGUCCGUGCACGUCGCCCGCCAUCGCCCCAUGAGACACACGCGCUCUUGUGUAAUGUGCUGUUGUGCUUUCACUGCUUCACGUGCUGCUACAUUCGCCCCAUUAUCUUUUUAAAUGUUUUUUUUUAUAUUUUUUUGCGUUUUAUUUUAUUUUAUUUUUCUUUCUUUUUUUUUAAUAUUUGUGCAGCAAAUGUUAGUAUUACAGACCUAAAGCUUGUAAGAAAAUAAUAUAUUUCCUGACCGGAUGUCAAUUAUCUUAUCGGUAUAUUUGCUUUCUGUAUAUAUGUACUGUAUAAAUUGUAUUAUACGCGCAUAUAAAGUCAUUACCAAGAUGCCUCCCGGUCAUUUUCAUUUACGCGAUU